AUGGAUACUAAUAAAGUGUUUGUAUUUGAUAAAGGGAAAUUAGUAGAAAAUGAUUCUCCUUCUCAUUUAAUUGAUAACGAAAAUACUAUCUUUAAUCAUCUUGUCCAACAAUCAGGUUGUGCUGAUGAACUAAAGAGAGUUGCUAAGAAAAAGAUUGUCAUGUGUACUUCUGCUUUAUCAUCAACUAAAUCACCUCUUCAAACUGAUUUAAAUCCUGAUUUAGAAAUUAAUCUUGCUGAUACAUCUAAUAGAGCUACUCCAAUCCAAUUUGAAGUGAUGAGUGAUAGAGUUGCUUCUAAUCGUCAUCUUCUUUCUCCUGUUGUUAUAAAUUCGAUUCCUGAUACUUCUUCUCCAUCUGAAUCUUCUUUAUCUAAUUAA